UGUUGUUGUGUAUGUGCAGCCUCUCCACAAAGCCUCGCUCUUUCUCGCGAGAUCAGGAGACACUUUCGGUUGCUGCAAACUGACCCAGCUGUCAGGGAGCGUCCUAAAGAAACUGAACGGAGCGUUUGUUUUCAUGCGUACACACCCAAUAAAACAAGUGCUUUACUCACUGAGGACAAUGUCGUCUGGAGUACAGAAACCAGUCACACACAGACUUAAGCGUGCAGACCGCAGCACAUGGAGACCGAGUUAUGUCACCGGGAACCUGUUCUCCUGUCCCGAGGACGAGGCUCUGGCUCACUGCAUCAGUGAGGACUGCCGCAUGGGGGCAGGCAUAGCGGUGAUGUUCAGGAAAAAGUUCCAAGGACAAGUGGAGUUAAAGGAACAGAAAAAGCUGACGGGACAGUGUGCCGUACUGAAAAGAGGCAGGCGUUUUGUCUACUAUCUGAUCACAAAGAAGAAGGCCACCCAAAAGCCGACUUAUGACAGCCUGCAACGGAGCCUGGAGGACAUGAAGUCACACUGUGUGCUGAACGAAGUAACACGAAUAUCAAUGCCUCGCAUUGGAUGUGGCCUGGAUCGACUCAAGUGGGACAGAGUGUCUGUGAUACUGGAACAGGUGUUCAGACACACAAACAUCUCCGUCACAGUCUACAGCCUUCCUGAGAGAGCAGAGACCAAAGUGAUGAAUGAAAACGCUCGCAGAUGAUUGAUGAAAAUAUCUGUAACUGUACUAAUUUGCACUUUUUUUGUAUAUUUCCCAUGGAGUUCAAACUUA